AAAUAAAAUGUAAUCAACAACAUCGAUCAUGAUGACCAUGAAUGAUGUUGUUGUAUUGCGUUACACUGGAUAUAAAUUGAGGAUUGUGAUUUGUUCUAUCCGUUCAUUUCGCAUCAACAUGGACGACAACCACAACGUCAACAUUCGUAUACGAUUCGAUCAGAAAUGUUGGGCGAUAUUCAAAAACAAUGCUUACAUUUUUGCCUAUGUUUUGGCUAUUGUCAUAAUCCCUGCUUGUUUCGUACCGUAUGUUGUUUCAGUUUAUUUCGGACAAGUUCCGCCGAUUCUACCAUACAUUAGUGAUGCUGCAGCAUUCAAACCGGCUACUGGUUAUUUUGCUCAAUUACUCGACAUAAUUGUCAUGUUGGGAGCCUUAGUUUGUAUCGCAAGAUUCAAACAAAUCCAUUAUUACAUAUCGGUCGUUCUAGACGAACAAAAAAAUUCAAUCGAUGAAAACAAAUUAUCGCGGUUACAUUUGCAAAAUUUCCUAUCCUUAGCAUCAUUUGCCAUUGCAGGUUUCGGUAUGGUAAUGAUUGGCAAUUUUCCCGGUGUUGAUUAUAUGAUUCUACACAUGACCGGUGUCUAUUUGUUCAUAAUAUUCUCUCUGAUUCAACAUUUCAUUAUGAUAUCAAUAAUGAGAAAAUUAUAUCGAUAUGGUCGAUUGGAAAGCCAUCCAACAUCGGUCAUCAUAGUGGUCAGCACAUUGUUUGUAUCGAUAACUGUAUGUCAUGUAGCCGUUUCAAUAUCGUAUGUACAUCACCCGGAAAGUAUAAUUUUCAAUCACAAUGCUCGUAUUCAAUGGCAAGCCAACCAGCCUGGCUAUGUAUGGCAUGUUGUUAGCACUGCAUCAGAAUUUGUCUAUUUCCUCAUGUUUGUACCGUAUUUCUGGUCAAUUGGUCAUCGCAUGCAAUCAUUCAAACAAUGGGAUCGUAUUCAUUUCUAAUUCAAAUUCAAAUUCAAAUUUUAUUACAAAAACACAAACAUUAUUAACAUUAACAUUUGGAAAUGAACUCCAUACAACAAUUAUCAUACAAUUCUAAUUGUU